GGUAAGGGAAGCAUCAAGUGACACCACUGAUGACCACAAGUGGGUGAUCUGUGACGGCCCUGUUGACGCUCUGUGGAUUGAAAACAUGAACACCGUGCUGGACGACAACAAGAUGCUGUGUCUGGCCAACAGUGAGCGGAUCAAGCUCUCCCCCUGGAUCCACAUGGUGUUUGAAGUACAGGACUUGGCUGUUGCCUCGCCUGCCACUGUCAGCAGAUGUGGCAUGGUGUAUGUGGACCCUGAUGAGCUGAGAUGGAGGCCCUACGUACAGAAAUGGAUGGCAGAACGAGGGGCCAAGUUCAAGGAGGAGACCCAGGCGUACAUCAUGGAUCUGUUUGACCAGUAUGUGGAGAAGGGUCUGCAGUUUGUCAACAAGAAAUGUGUGCAGGCCAUUAAUCAGGUUGACAUCAGUAAGGUGAAUACCCUAUGCUGCCUGUUAGAGUCCCUCCUAUUGGUUGGGAAGGAGGUAGACCUGAAGCAGGACCCUACCAAGCUCCACCCCCUCAUCUGUACUGUGUUUGUGUUCUGCUACCUGUGGUCGGUGGGAGGGAACCUGCUGGAGCAGUAUUUUGAUGCAUUUGAGACCUUUGUGCGACAACAGAUGGAGGACAACCCUGAUGCCAAGCUGUAUGCCGGAGGUGACUUGUGGAGUUGCUUCAUUGAUUUCGACUCCAAACGGAUGGACAUCUGGGAGAAGAGAGUCCCAGUCUUCAACUACUCCGCCGAGGUUCCGUUUUUCGAUAUCCUGGUUCCCACCAUCGACACAGUUCGCUUUGGUUACCUGCUGGAGAAACUGCUGGAUGUGGGGAGAUCAGUGCUGUACACCGGAACCACUGGUGUUGGCAAGUCUGUGAUAGCCCGAGCCAUUCUGAAUGACCUGGCUGAGCCUAAAAGCUACGUGCCCGUCACCAUCAACUUCUCAGCACAGAUGAGUCUGACCCAGGCCCGUCUGAAGCGCGCCGGGAAACUGACCACUGCCCUGGCCGACGAGCAGGACCGCUGGACAGUGAACGUUGCUGAGUUUGAGCGUGACCUGGGGAACGUUGUGGGGAAUGUGUUUGUGGCUGCAGCCUGUGUAGCGUACUACGGUGCCUUCACUAGCAUAUACCGACUGCAGCUUGUAGAUCACUGGGCUCAGAGGUGCCAGGAACUGGAGAUCCCUGUGUCACAGAACCUGUCCUUGUCAAGCGUCAUGGCAGAUCCGUACGAGAUCCGUCAGUGGAAUGUCGACGGGCUUCCACGUGACAAUGUCUCCAUUGAGAACGCCAUCAUGGUGACGCGGGGCCGGAGGUGGCCUCUCAUGAUCGACCCACAGGAGCAGGCUAAUCGCUGGGUGCGGAACAAGGAAGCAAGAAACGGGCUCAAGGUCAUCAAACUGACGGACAAGGACUUCCUGCGUACACUAGAGAACGCCAUCAGGUUGGGCAUGCCGGUACUGCUGGAGGAGCUUGGAGAAAUGCUGGAUCCCGCGCUGGAACCGAUCCUCCUGAAACAGACCUUCGUACAGGGUGGCAGGCUGCUGAUUCGUCUCGGAGACAGCGACGUCGACUACGACAAAAACUUCAAAUUCUACAUGACCACCAAGAUGGCCAAUCCACAUUACCUGCCUGAGGUGUGCAUCAAGGUCACCAUCAUCAACUUCACUGUCACCAAGUCUGGGCUGGAGGACCAGCUUCUGGGUGAUGUGACCAGUCUGGAGCGACCUGACCUGGAGGAACAGCGGAACCAGCUGAUCGUGAGGAUCAACGCCGACAAGAACCAGCUGAAGGCCAUCGAGGACCGCAUCCUCAAGCUGCUCUUCCACUCCCAGGGCAACAUCCUGGAUGAUGAGGAACUCAUCAACACGCUGAACGAAAGCAAGGUGACAUCUGGUGUAAUCAAUACUCGUCUGUCAGAAGCAGAGGAGACCGAAGCAAAGAUCACCACUGCACGUGAGAAGUACCGUCCUGUGUCGGCACGUGGCUCCACGAUGUACUUUGUGGUGGCUUCCCUGGCCGAGAUCGACCCCAUGUACCAGUUCUCUCUCAAGUACUUCAAGCAGCUGUUCAACAUGACCAUCGAACAGAGCGAGAAGAGUGAUGAUCUGAGUGUGAGACUGACCACUCUGCUUGACCAGACCACCAUCGCUAUCUACACCAACGUGUCCCGUGGCUUGUUUGAGGUGCACAAGCUGGUCUUCUCCUUCAUGCUGUGUGCGGAGAUCAUGCGGCAGGAGGGAACCAUCAAUGAUGUGGAGUGGAACUUCUUCCUGCGUGGUGCCGGCAGCAUGCAUCUACUACGCACCGGAGACGGAGACUCUUGCGUCGUACCGGCAGUACGUAGAGGAUCUGCCCAUCCUGGAUGACCCUGAGAUUUUCUGCAUGCACGACAAUGCCAACAUCUCUUUCCAGGUACAAGAGACAACAGCGCUAGUCAGUACAGUGCUGGAGGUUCAGCCGAGGUCCACAGGAGGGGGAGGGGGGAAGUCUGAUGACGACACCGUGUACGAGCUGGCAGAAACCAUCCUGGGGAAGCUGCCGGACAGCCUGGAUGUGGAGAAUGCUGACAGCUCCAUGUUUGAGCCGGACAGCAAGGGUCGGCUGAACUCGCUGACUACAGUGCUGGUACAGGAGGUGGACAGGUUCAACUCACUGCUGAAGGUUAUCAAGAACUCGCUGAAGCAGCUGCAGAAAGCCAUCAAAGGUCUGGUGGUGAUGUCAGAACAGCUGGAGAUGGUGUACGUGGCUUUCCUCAACAACCAGGUGCCUGGGCUGUGGGCCAACUCUGCGUACCCCUCCCUCAAACCACUGGCUUCAUGGGUACAGGAUCUCAUCUAUAGGACUUCCUUCAUUGACAACUGGAUCCGACAAGGUCUUCCCAAGUCUUAUUGGCUCUCCGGAUUUUUCUUCCCACAAGGCUUCCUGACAGGCACACUGCAGAACUAUGCCAGGAGGUACGACUAUCCCAUCGAUGCGCUGAGCUUCCAGUUCAAAGUGAUACCGCACUACCGCGCACAGGCAGACGUCUACGAAGCACAGAAAAAUCUGCAGUUUGGUGAGGAGAUGGAGCUAGACAAAGAGAUUGAUUCCCCCCAAGAUGGCGUCCUUGUUCACGGCCUGUUCUUCGACUGCGCCCGCUGGGACGACGAGAACUGCGUGGUGGGAGACGCACUGAAGGGAACGAUGAACGCGCCAUUACCCAUCAUGCACAUGGAACCACGCAUGAACUACAGUCCUGAUGCCACGGACUACCCCUGUCCGCUCUAUAAAACAUCGGCUAGGGCUGGAGUCUUGUCCACUACUGGUCAUUCCACCAACUUCGUCGUCCCUGUCUACCUUCCCUCAAGCCAGCCGGCUGACUACUGGGUCAGCAUGGGAACAGCACUGCUGUGUCAGCUGAACGAGUAGAGUGUGUGCUGUCAAACUUAGCAAAUCUGUGUACACUUACCUGUGACACAAGAAUCUCAAUGAUUGAUUCUUUAGAAUUUUGUAAAUAGGAAAAAUGUGCCUCAUAGCUGUCAGUGCCUUAUUCAUGUAGGAAUUCAGUGCCUGGUACAUAGAAUUCUAUUUGUUGUACAAAGAAUGUGCCUGAGUUAUGUUGUCAUUGCUGAAGUUUGCUGACAUUUUGAGUCCUUUGUAUAAUGUUAUCCAGCACUUGCACUCUAUCUCAAGUGAUAUAGAUCUGUUUUGACAACCACAUCUUUGUGAAGUUGUAUUUUUGUACUUGCAUAAUUUGUGUUUUGAUUGAGAAUUGCCACUUUGUAAACAUCCAGCAUUUACUCAAUAUAAGAAUUCUUGAUAGCAAUUAUGAAGUAUAGAACAGUACAUGUGUUAGUGCCAAGGACUCUGUAAUAGUACAUCAAGAGGCUAUAGGUGUUGUUAUUUUCUACCCAAUUUUAAGGGGGAAACCUCUUAAAAGAUAUAUAUCUCAAUCCCAAAUUGUUACUAAAACUAUGCUAUUAUUAAAAUUACUCCACAAUGUGUAAAGUAAAGAUUGCUGCUAUUUGUGUGCACAUUUUUGACACACUUCUUACCCUACUAAAUGCCUAUUUCAGUUAUAUGGUGUGUUAUUCUUUUCAAUUGUGUCAAUUCUGAUUGGUUAUUAUAAGAUAUGCAUAUAGAGUGAGUUUUGUUGUGUGAAGAGCACUUAAUGGUGAUUGGAUUUUGUGUAUAUUUGUUAUGACAGUAAGAAAUCUGGGUUAACAUGUAUGAAAAAAAAAAUUACCAACUUUGUUGUGUGUAAAUUUUGUUCAACAUAGCUUGUACUCGAUGCUAGACUGUAAAUGUUUUGAUGAAGAAAGAAUGUACAUUGUAUUUUUCUGAUACACCGUUUUCUUGCUGCACUGUCAAGGUAAGGUUGAUUAAACUGGGAAACUGUCA